AUGCUGAACGUUCCAAUGUCACCAAGCCUUUCUGGCAUUAGUCCAAAAUUAUCACAAAGUGCAGCCUCCAUUCGUCCUUCAGUAGGUGUAUCCCCCAUAAAUGCUGUGCUCCAAGAUAGGCAUGACCAACUUUUAGCAGAGUUUGCAGAAGUGGAUACUAAUAAAGAUCAAGAAUUAACCUUUGAUGAAGUUUAUAAUUUCCUCAAGAAAAAAAGUGGAGGAGAAUAUGAUAGGGAAAUCUGCAUGGGACUCUUUUCUAAGAUGGAUAAAGACCAAGAUGCAGUUGUCACCAUCGAAGAAUUCAUAUGAUCAUACGUUGAGACUGAAAACAACAUUAAACGCCGCACAACUGAGCUAAAAAGACAAAUUGCUGACAAUAUCAAGCAAGUUGACGAUUACAAUAGAAAACUAAUCACAGCCAAAGCAACUGAAAAGCUUGGCAAAAAUGGAAUCAUGGAAGGAAGCGUUCUUACAGUCUACGUAAUUGAAGCCACUAUUAAAUCCCAACAAGUCCUCGACCCUUUCAUCGAGCUUAGCUGCGAGCAGCAAAUAAUUGAAACAAAGUUUGCAUCAAAAACCCUAACUCCUACCUUUAACGAAGUCUUUACUUUUCAAAUUUUAGAAGGGAGCGAUGAUCUUUAUAUAUCAGUCAAAAACCAUUCAAAUUUUGGAAACCACAAAUUAAUAGGAGAGUCCACAUAUUCACUGAAUUUAUUAAGAGAUCAGAUGAAGCAUGACGUUUAUGUUGAUAUCAAAGACCCUAAAGGCACACCCAUUGGAAAAGUGCAUUUAGGCUUACUAUGGGUCUAUAGCAAAGUGAAAUAUUACGAAGCAAUUUUGACUCAAUGGAACGAAAAUGUACAACUUGAUAAAGCUGAACUUGCGCAUUUAGAAGACCAGCUAGACAAACUCCAUCAGCCUUUUGGCGGGCUUCUUAUAGAUGCAGAAUUAGUCGGAUCUAAAACAGCUGGAGUUGAAAAAGCAGUAUCAAAAAAGAUUGAAAAUGUAGUGCAUGGCAUAUUAGGGAAAGAUCUUGAUUGGCAUUGGAGUAGUUAUAUAGUGACCUUAAUAUAUCUUUUGCUCUCAGUAAUGCUAAUGGGAUACAGACCCGACUUCAUUAAUGUGAGGUUUAUUUAGGUCUCUGUCGCUCUUGGGUGUUUUGUAUAUCAUGUUACAAAAAAUGAUACUGAUUUGAGUUAUAUGAAAUUGUCGUUUGCAAUACUUUUUGCUGCGGUUUAUGAUUUGCUAUGGUUUUUGUUUUUCUCAAAAGUAAUUCAUAUUUAGGCUUGGUCUCAAAGUGAAAAUUUCAUAGAAAAAGAAGGGGAAAUUAGGUUUUGGGGUGAAGCUCUAACGUUUAUCUGCUUCAUUUUUAAGAUUGCCUGCUUUGCAGUAUUUUUCAGACUAGGUGCCAGGACUAAAUAA